AUGGCGGACUCCUUUGGCAAUUCCCCACGGUGGAGAGGGCUGAAAGAUCGACAAGUGCAGAGAAGAGAAGAUGUUGAGAAUGAGCUGAAUGGAUCCUAUCAUCAACGAAGAAACCGUGGAUCCUACAUUGCCCCUCAGAAUGAAACGGAUUAUUUGUUGUCCACAUUCUCUGAUACAGCUCCAGCUACUCCGGCAUCGCCACCGCCAGGCAUGGCUCCUGGUCACGCUGACGGACGACAGUCGCCCUUUUCUGGGAGCCUUAGAGGCAAGUCUGCUCUGGUAUCCAUGCUAGAUGCUUCACUCCGACGAGGGGCUUCCUCUGUUGUAGAUGUUCGAGACCAAGCCGAAAAAAUCAAAAACUUCUUGGCGGAACUCCCCAAUUUGGAUAAAGAUGGCGGUGAUCACCGUCGUCAUUCAGCCACCAUCAAUGUUGCCAGUAGCAGCGCCUAUGGAUCCUGUGAAAAAAAUGAAGAUGUGGAGGGCGAGAAAUUGUUCCAGAACCUCAAGGAUCAGAAACCUUCCUGCAAAAAGACUCCUGCAGAUCAACAAGCUUCACUGAUCACACAAAUACCGGCCAUUGCCAUUGCUUCCUUACUGAACUUGAUGAUGGCUAUCCCCUUUGGUGUGUCAUACUUCCCCAUUGGCUGGAGUGCCGGAGGAGAAAACAAUGCUGGUGAUGCACAACAAGAUGCAGAUGGAGUAUCGGGGGCUUUCCCUCUUCCAGGAAAGGAAGCUCUAGGAAUUCGAAUGUGCCUAUUCUCCACCCUUGUGGGACAGUUGGUCAUGACCUUUGCAUCCAAGUUUGACAGCUGUAUUUGCUUUCAAAUGAUUGAAAAUGUGCCCUUCUUUCAUACAUUGGCCAGAGUUGUAAUUGCGUCUCAGGGAUAUGGUAUCGAGAGCUUGAGCACUCUCUUCUUCCUCUUUGGGCUUUCCAGUGCUCUGGUGGGAAUUCUCUUCUACCUAUUGGGGAGAUUCAAUCUUGGCUCUGUGGUAUACUUCUUUCCUAAUCAUGUGUUGGUUGGCUGCAUUGGCGGUAUUGGUGUCUUCAUUACAAUAUCGGCUUUGGAAGUCACCAACGAUGCCUCCUUCUCGUGGGACAUGCAAGGACUGCAGGGGAUCAUCGACAACUUCCACUUACUUUCAGUUGUUCUGCUAUUCGAGGCAACCCUUCGACUGCUGAUUUGGAAGACCAAGUCUCGGAUACCUCUGCUGUCACCAAUCUUCUUUUGCUCCAUUCCAUUUGCCUUCUAUGCUGGUCUCUGGGUAUUCAGAGUAGACAUGGAAGAUGCUAUGGAGGCUGGAUACUUCUUUCCAGCACCAGCUGGCGAGGACGGCAAUCAGAGCUUGUUUGACAGAGCCUUCAGUUCUCAUACACUCGAUCUGUUACAUGUGGUUGAUUUCACGACAAUAUCCUGGGAAGCAGUCUUGAACUCCUCGGGAACCAUGGUGGCACUGGCAGCGUUCUCUCUCAUUCACGUCCCAAUCAACAUUCCUGGUGCGUGA